UCGCCUGCAACUCUUAAGCCUCCGUUUGCACGGAAUCUUCGAUCUUCGUCUUCUACUCUCAUAAUUUCCGCCAUGGAAAUCCUUCGCCUUCCCAAGUAGCUUUCCUUUUUAGGGAUUAAGCUUCAUAUUAGAUCAAACCCAGAUGUCAUCGCCUUCCUCGUCCUUUUCUAUCAUCUGCAUCCUCCACUCCCUCAUCGCUAUAACUAGCGGCAGCCUCAUGAUGUUCCACAUGAAGGAAAUCUACACCUUCACCCACGGCCUCGACAUAGCCAUCAAGCUCAUGGGUUCCACCCCGCAUGACCAGCUCCUGAUCCGGACUUCUGAUUCCUUUUCUGGGUUGCUGCUUUUUGCUAUUGGGUUUCUCAUAUUCAUGGUCUCUUUUGUAAAAGAUCGAGACUUCCAGUCUUUCUUCGCCAAAGGGUGCACGGUUCUUCAUUUUUUCAUGGCUCUUUGGAGGGUUCAUGUUGAAAGGAGGGUUGAUGUGUUGGCUUGGGAUUGGAUGAGACAGACUGUUGGCGAUAUCUUAUUAGCUCUCUCCUGGGUUUUUUUCCUUGUUUAUUCAUGGAGAGAAAAGUAUGACUAAUUUUUUUAUUAUCUUUCUUUCCUUUUGUUAUAUAUUUAGUGUAAUUUCAGGAGACAUACUGCCUAAAUGAGUUUUAGUUGUUUAAAGUUUAAAAUGUUGUCAUAAAUAAAUAAGUGAAGCACUGUGUUAUUUUUAGA